AUGAGGCAGAAGGUGCUAAAGGAGAACCUCGACGAACCGACAGCGGGACAUCUAGGCGGAAGAAAAACAAUUGCGAAAAUAGUAGGAAGGUACUUCUGGCCAGGGAUGCAAAUGGACAUAAGGAAGAAUUGCGAGGUAAGUGCCAGUAUUUCCUUCCCCAUCACAACGGCUACAACGACGACGACGCCUGGAUGGCGAAAGCUGAAGGAUCUGAAGCUGGACGUUCCACCACCAGCCAAGUCGAAUAAGUUUCCCACGCGGACUCUGGGCGACUUUGUGGAGGCUGACAUGGAGAAGAAGAUUGGUCGCAGGCGCAACGAUUACACGGAUACCGAAAAGCAAGUCAUAACAGAUGUGAUAUCAAGACAAGAACCAAACGCGAUUGUGGUACAAUCGAAAGUGUCCUACGAGACUUCGGAAUGCGCCACGAGUGAGGCAUACUCAAUGAAAACGUAUCAGAGUAUCACUAGCCUAGCCACCUCACCGGCGAAUAGCAGCUACUCGCUGUACAGCAACGGAUAUGUGUUGACCACUCCCGAGAGUGUCCAAGACAAUGCUCGCAGCCAGAGUAUCCACAAUCUCAGCUAUCUCACCACCCAGCAGCAGCCGUAUGCUCCGGCUCCGGCCAACGGAUUGCAGCACAUGCGGCACAGCUUCAGCAGCGAAAGCGAUAGUCGCAAUCGCCUCGAUCUAGAUCAGGCCUUGGAGGCACUCCAGCGACAGCAACUGCACAUGCACACAAAGAGUCCCAGCAGUCCCCAGGGUGUCUAUAUCAUCCACUACGGUCACCACCAGGAGGCAUCGGAUAGGAAUUGA